GAGUCGCGGGCGGCGGGAGCUCCAAUCUCGGCGGCGGUGGCAGCAGCGGCAGGGGGAGCCUGCGCCCUGCAGCUCGCGAGUCAGUCUCGCGGUGAGGAGGAGCUAGACCGGCGAGAGAGUGUCCGAAGGAAGGAGCGCGGAAGCUGGGAAGGAGAAGAGGGGAGACACGGAAAGGACGGGUGGAACAGGAAGAUGCCGAGUACGGACAUUCUGAUGUUGAAGGCCUUUGAGCCCUACUUCGAGAUUUUGGAAGUGUAUUCCACAAAGGCCAAGAAUUAUGUAAACGGGCAUUGCACCAAGUAUGAGCCCUGGCAGCUGAUUGCAUGGAGUGUCGUGUGGACCCUGCUGAUAGUCUGGCUGUACCAUUUUGUCUUCCAGCCAGAGAGUUUAUGGUCAAGAUUUAAAAAGAGAUGUUUUAAGCUCAUCCGGAAGAUGCCUAUUGUUGGUCGCAAGAUCCAAGACAAGUUGAACAAGACCAAGGAUGAUAUUAGCAAGCACAUGUCAUUCCUGAAAGUGGACAAAGAGUACGUGAAAGCCCUGCCCUCUCAAGGUCUGAGCCCGGCCGCUGUUCUGGAGAAGCUCAAGGAAUACAGCUCUAUGGAUGUCUUUUGGCAAGAAGGGAAAGCCUCCGGAGCAGUGUACAGUGGGGAGAAGGAGCUCACCGAACUCCUUGUGAAGGCUUAUGGAGAUUUUGCCUGGAGUAAUCCACUGCAUCCGGAUAUCUUCCCAGGACUACGUAAAAUAGAGGCAGAGAUUGUGAGGAUAGCAUGUUCCCUCUUCAAUGGGGGACCAGACUCCUGUGGAUGUGUGACCUCUGGGGGGACAGAGAGCAUACUGAUGGCCUGCAAAGCUUAUCGGGAACUGGCCUUCGAGAAUGGGAUCAAAACUCCAGAAAUCAUAGCCCCCCAGAGUGCCCAUGCUGCAUUUGACAAAGCUGCCAAUUAUUUUGGGAUGAAGAUUAUACGAGUUCCACUGAACAAAAUGAUGGAAGUGGAUAUUCGGGCAAUGAGAAGAGCCAUCUCCAGGAACACUGCCAUGCUCGUCUGUUCCACCCCGCAGUUUCCUCAUGGCGUGAUAGAUCCUGUCCCUGAAGUGGCCAAGCUGGCUGUCAAGUACAAAAUACCUCUUCAUGUGGACGCUUGUCUGGGGGGCUUCCUCAUCGUCUUUAUGGAGAAAGCCGGAUACCCACUGGCGCAGCCAUUUGAUUUCCGGGUGAAAGGUGUGACCAGCAUUUCAGCGGACACUCAUAAGUAUGGCUUCGCCCCCAAAGGCUCUUCAGUGGUGUUAUACAGUGACAAGAAGUACAGGAGCUAUCAGUUCUUCGUUGCCACGGAUUGGCAGGGCGGCAUCUAUGCUUCCCCCACCAUUGCGGGCUCACGGCCUGGCGGCAUUAGUGCAGGCUGUUGGGCCGCCUUGAUGCACUUUGGUGAGAGUGGCUAUGUUGAAGCUACCAGACAGAUCAUCAAAACCACUCGCUUCCUCAAGUCAGAACUGGAAAACAUCAAAGGCGUCUUUGUUUUUGGGAAUCCUCAACUGUCCGUCAUUGCUCUGGGCUCCCGUGAUUUUGACAUCUACCGACUAUUUAACCUGAUGACUGCGAAGGGGUGGAACUUGAACCAGUUGCAGUUCCCACCCAGCAUUCACUUCUGCGUCACGUUGGUACACACCCGGAAGCGAGUAGCCAUACAGUUCCUAAAGGACAUCCGGGAAUCCAUCACUCAAAUCAUGAAGAAUCCUAAAGCAAAGACCACAGGAAUGGGCGCGAUCUACGGCAUGGCCCAGGCUACCGUUGACAGGAACCUCGUGGCAGAAUUGUCCUCUGUCUUCUUGGACAGCCUUUUCAGCACAGACACUGUAACUCAGGGUAACCAGAUGAAUGGUUCUCCAAAACCCCGCUGAGCUGGGACCCUCUGUAGCCCCGAGGGGCAUCUGGCCUUUAGAAGGUUCUCGGGGUGGGGAACAGGCCACGCGGUUUCAUCUGGUCUUGCUCCACACAGCACAACGGAACAGACCACGGACAGCUUGAUCCUCAGGAUAAUUUGCAUCCUUCUGUGGUUCUAUAAUGUGAAGACCAGAGGAUUCCCUUAUACAACUGUUUUGCCCUUACUCUAAAUGUUACCCUGGGAAUUGUUUUAACCAUUUCUUUCUCUAACGUGUCUUGCUCUCAACUUCACUUAAUCACUGUGUGGCAGCUCUGACCUGUCCUGACUCCUUGGGAGGCUGGUUAAGUUUUGAGACAGGAAAAGGUUUGCUUUGCUACCUCAGGCAGGAGGCUCCUCCAGCCCCUCCUGGAGCGGUCAGUUGUCUCGCAGCCCCUCCUAGUGCAGCUCCUGUUACCCUCCCAGGACCCAGAGUGCCCAGGGCGUUGUUCCUGUUCCGCAGGGUCGGCAUGGUCAAGCGGAUCUGCUUGGUCCACCGGUCCUCUUCUGUGCUUGCAGUCCCCAUUUCAUACUCUGUUGCCACCAUCUUUGAAGAUUCUUGUUUGAAAUUAUGCCACUGGUUUGUCCCUGCUUCCAUGGGCUGGGUUCAAGAGAACUCCAUGUCCAGAGACUAGGACAUUCUGGCCCCGGUGCUUGCCUCUCUGACUUGCCAGUGUUCAGAGCACACCUGAACCUUCUCCUGGGCUGGUGAUGGUCAGAACCAGACCCUUUUCUAUACUUUUCUGCGUAUGAGAGUAAGAUGAGCACCCUAAUUCAAAUGUGUGUCACCAGAGUUGGUGGCGGUCCUCCCCUCCCCUGUUGCUCUAAGCCAUCAUGUAGGAGAAUGUUUGCUUGAAGGAACAGCUCAAAGCACCUUCACAAGGUGCCCUGACUUACCUGAGGUAGGUGUGGGGAGGGCGUGAGAGCCCCCAAGGUAAGGAAAACCUCUCUCCGUUAGUGUGGUCUUCCUGCCUCUUCCCCCUUUAUUCAGCUCCCAAAGGUACUACGGCAGUUAAGCCUCAGGUACUGCACUCCUCGGCCCUGGCUAGGAUGAGAUAAACCUUCAGGAAUAGGAAAACAGGAUGCAAGUGUCAGUUGUGGCCUGGGGUCUGGGAUUCCUUAUUAAGACUAGUUGCUCAGGGUGGUGCAGGGACGGGACCCAACCCUGCACCCACUUUCUCCCUUUUCCCUCCGCAUGGGGCCCCGAUGUAGGCUGAGCCACUGUCCUACUCUCAUGACGACAUACCGUGUGCCUUCUUCCUCUGCAGCCAGCAGUGACGGGCUAUUCCUGACCCAGGUUCAAGGGGAAAUGGGUCAGUCUUUCGAGGUUUUUAGCUGGGUAGAGGAUAAGUCAGGAGUAAUUGUCCUCGGUUCCACCACUCUCCUCAGGGACUUCUCAAUAUUCAGCUUCUUCAGGCUGGUGUCCUCUAGUCCCCUUCACUGGGAGUGCUGGCCUGGAGAGCCAAGACACCCCGACUGCCCCCAGCUGCUCGGCACAUCUGUCUGAAGUGUUCUUUAGCACUGUACUUCCUCCACAGUAACUGACCCACUGGCCGUGCCAUUGCAAGGCUGGUGCGUUUCAGUCUGUCUUUUGUGGAUUCCAAGGGUGGCUGGAGAACGCACGUGUUGGAGGCUGAGAUUCUUCAGACAUGAGAGUCACGUUCUCCCCAGAGGCCGAGCACCUCCUGAGGGGAGCUGUAGUCAGAGCUGUGCAUGAACGUCCCUGGGUCUCCAGUGCGGUCGUUGUGUUGGAGAAAGCCCAGACCCAGAGCGACCCAGCAGGCGCCACUGUGGUUUGUCAGAGAAGCAGGUGCCCUACAGAGUGUGCUGCUGCUUCCAGUGUCUCCCCAUGACCUUCCUCUGUGCUGUGACAUUGCUGCUAAGGGGCGAUGGUGUUUUUCAAAGGGACCUGCUGUGGCGAGCCACUUGAUGAUCAUGAGCGUUAGUCUGACUUAGUACUUGUGGGCUUUCUAUUCUCUCUGUAUCUGUGCACGUUAGUUAACACCUAGUCAGGCAGAGGUGGGUGGAAUGUCUUAAUAUCAUGUUGCUAGCAGAUGUCACAUUGGCCUCUGCAAAAAUCAGACUGUCUAGUUUGUGCAUUAGUAGUCGCAUGAAUAUACUGCCAUGUCACUUUUAAUAUGAUGAGUUUUAUACUUGGAAAAUGGUACUUGCCUCUUUUAGAUCUUUUCUCUAACCUCUCCCUUUUCCGUCUCAAUGUUCCCUAAUUGCAGCAAUACUCUUAAGAAGCAAUUAAGUGAUUAAAUGUCUCAAAU